AUGAUUGUCAAAACAUCUAAUCAUACGGAAGUUUAUCUGAAUCAUACAGGGCAAAACGUCACAAACGAUCUUCUGUCCCUUAGAACAAGACGCAUUUUGAGGGGGAGUGAGGUGGGAGACACCAGACCGUACAUGGUAUACUUACGGCCAGCGACAACAGAAACAAAGCUAGACCCGAACUGGUUGUGUGGUGGAGUGAUAAUUGAUUCCCAGUAUAUCCUGACGUCAGCUGCUUGUAUAGAGGACGUUAAGCAUUUUUAUGUGGUGUCUGGAACCCAUAGAUGGUUUCCCAUUGGAUUAUAUGACGAAUGCAUUAAAAAUGGUGCUAAGAAAGCGGUGUGGAAGUGUGUGCCGCAACAUUACGUUUUCGACGGCGCUGAUUUCGACAACAUCCGCUGGAUGGUCAACGACAUAGCGGUAGUGAGGGUGGAGGAUGACUUCAACUUCGAGAGGCGGAUCAGAGGCUGCGACUUCGUGCCCAAGACGAUCGCCUAUAACAACCAGAGUGAGGACUUGGAGAAGCCGGGGACGGCUGCUUCUAUUGCUGGUUGGGGCACUACGGACAGCUUCGGCGAUGUAUAUGGGCAGACUACAGAAAAUUCACCAGACCUCUUAGAAACAGAGGUAAUGCUGAUAUCCAAAAAGACCUGCAAAGCUCGCUGGCCGGAGCGGUACCACCACAUCAUUGAUGGAAACAUGGUCUGCGCGAAGGAUAGCUCGGAUGAGAAUAUGAACGAUCUUUGUAAGGAACAAGGGAUAAGUUGUAAAGAGCUGGUGUUAUCAGAUGAGGAGGUGGAAGGGCGCCGGCACAUGGUCGCACACAGCAGCGACUUGCACUCCGCUAACCAUAUGAAUGCAACGAGACGGUCCAAAGUGGUUUCGGGAGGGUUUUGUGAGAACGACCACGGCGGGCCCCUCGUAGUGGGUUACGGCACUGGCUCUGUAGUGGUGGGGGUGAUAUCCGCGUGUCAGACCGCUAACAUCACGCAAAAGUGCUACGGGCCUUAUCUGUACACCAGCGUGUGGAAAAACAGACACUUAAUUGGAUGCGCUGUUAAUAAGGAUAUGGCUGCCUCUUGUAAAAGAUUAUUGAGAACAUCACAAACCCGCAUUAGUGAGACAAUAUUCAGCUGGGCGAACCAUCCUGAAGGUGCUGCUAAGAGUGAAUCAAAAUCAAACUCGAUUCGUAUGGGAAAUACAAAGAAGGUCAAGCAGAGCGCAACUUCGCCAAUAAAGGAGAAAGCGCCUGUAAAACACAAAACACGCAAAAUAUAA